UCCUACUCCUCAUUCAUAACCUCCUCCUCGCCUCCAUCAGCUCACAGUCUGUCGGGAACUCUUACUGGCGCCACUGGGACUCUACCGGUUCACUUGAUACAGAUAACAGGACUUCUCUCCAGUCAUGACUCGGGUUUCUCCUCCCGUCUUUGUGUUGCUGCUAUGUGCGGCUGUUGUUGUGGUGAUUAUUAAGUCUGGAGACAAUCUGGUAAGAAAAAGAAGAGAAUGGAUUCUCCCUCCAAAGCCACUGCACGAAAAUGUGGACUACACUAAACAGGAGUCUAUUGCCAAGAUUCGGUCAGAUUUUGAAACUGACUCAAAUAUUUACUACUCUCUGGAAGGUAUUGGUGCAAAUCAAUAUCCCUUCCACGUGUUUGUAGUAGACUAUAAAACUGGAUUAAUUAGGGUGACCAAAGUACUCGACAGGGAGGACAUCGAUACGUACAAUCUGUCUGGUGUUGCUAAGUACCGUGAUGGCAGAGAGGCAGAGAGAAAAAUUAACCUACGAAUCAAGGUCGUCGAUGAGAACGACAACGCACCAGUGUUUGGAGUCAUAAAGCCCGGGGAGGUGCCGGAGCUCAGUGCUGCAGGAACUUCAGUUAUGAAAAUAACUGCAACUGAUGUUGAUGAACCAGGGAAUGAGAACUCUCAGAUCGCCUAUUUCAUCGUUGAUCAGAACCCACCUGGUGACAUGUUCUACAUUACCAAGGAUGGGACCAUCCACGUCAAAAAUUCUGCCCUGGACAGAGAGAAAGCAGAUAAGUACACUCUGACAGUGAAAGGUCAAGACUUAAACGGCAAACCAGGGGGAAAGAGUGGAACCGGCACAGUCACCAUUAAUGUACGAGAUGUGAAUGACAACCUUCCCACUCUGGAAAAAGAGCAGUAUGAGGGCAGCAUCGAGGAGAACACACAGAAUGUGGAGGUGAUGAGGAUCAAAGCAGAGGACCUGGACCUGAAGGACACAGACAACUGGAAAGCUGUGUUUGACAUUGUCAAAGGCAACGAGGCUGGGUACUUCAGCAUCCAUACAGACCCCAAGACCAACGAGGGCGUCCUAAUGCUCGACAAGGCUGUGGACUAUGAGGAUAUGAAGAACCUUGACCUAGGACUAGCUGUGAGGAACGUGGCUCCAUCGUAUGAUGGAUCUGCGACAAAUGCUGGAGCUGGUAUAGGUUUCGGAGGGGGGGCAGGUGGAGCAGGUGGAGCUGGUGGAGCAGGUGGAGCAGUUGGGGCAGGUGGGGCAGGUGGGGCAGGUGGGGGAUGGAUAUCAGCCGGGGCAGGGGGAGCAGGCGGGGCAGGGGGACCAGGGGGACCAACUGGUGCAGGUGCUGGUGUGGGAGGUGGGUCUGGAACAGGGGGAUCAGGGGGACCAACUGGUGCUGGUGGGGGAAGUGGGACAACAACAUGGCUAGGUGGGACCACAUUUAAAACCUAUCCACUUAAAAUCAAUGUGAAGAACCAGCCGGAGGGGCCAAGUUUUGACCCCAAAGUCAAAGCUAUUCCCAUCUCAGAAGGAAGCAGCUACACCACUAAGGAUGUUAUUGCCCAAUACCAGGCAACAGAUGAAGACACUGGGAAACCAGCUGAGAAUGUCAGGUAUGCCAAGAACUCCGACCCUGACAACUGGCUGAUCAUCGACCCAAAGACAGCUGAGAUCAGACUGAACAAGAUGCCUGAUAGAGAAUCCCCAUACCUGGUCAAUGGGACAUAUUUAGCUGAAGUACUCUGCAUUACAGAAGACAUGCCCUCUAAAACAGCGACCGGCACAGUAGCCAUCGAGGUGGAAGAUGUUAAUGACAACUGCCCCACCCUGACCAGUACCUUCCAGACUAUGUGUACCACUGCUGAUAGUGUUAUCGUGAACGCUAAAGAUGAUGAUGACUUCCCUAACGGGCCUCCGUUUCACUUUGCCGUCAAACCAGAGGGCACUCAGGGCAAAUGGCGCGUGGAGCAAUUAAAUGCCACUGCAGCUAUCCUGAGGGCCCAAGAGCCCAUGUGGCCUGGUUCAUAUGAGGUGGAGUUUAUGGUGACAGACCAGCAGGGACUGUUCUGUCCAGAACCACAGAAAGUGACGGUCCAAGUUUGCACCUGUGAGGAAGGGGUUGUGUGUGGAAAACGAGGGGCCCAAGGUCAGAACGACAAAGGAGCAUCGUUAGGACCUGGAGGCAUCGGACUGCUAUUCCUGGGCCUGCUGCUGUUACUACUCUUUCUUCUGUUGCUGCUCUUCUGCCAAUGUGGCGGGGCUGGGGGUCUGCCAGGGGGCUUUACUAAAAUGCCUUUCGAGACCAAAUCACACCUCAUUAAUUACCACACCGAGGGUCAGGGAGAGAACACGGCGGUGCCGUUGCUGAACAUGCCAACACAAGAGGCAGUGGUGCCCAUCCAAAGUUUCGAUAUCCAGAAAUCCGUCGUUGAUGGGAUGAACGGGGCUGCCUAUCAAGAGGGUUAUGGAAGUGGGGCUAUUGGAAUUGGCCAGGGAGAGUGGGGGACGAUGAACCAGACGAACGGCAGUGUCUUCCACUCUGAGUUUGAUGGCAGAGAAUCACAAGGAGGUGGAGGAAUGUAUGACGGCAUGGCUCUGCCAGACCACUUCCUGGGACAGUAUUACUCUCAGAAGGUGCUCAGCGAUAACGAGAACCUUGGCGUGAAGGACUGUCUUUUGGUUUAUGACUACGAGGGCCAGGGCUCCCUCGCUGGGUCAGUGGGCUGCUGCAGCCUCCUGGAGUCUGACAACGACCUGCGGUUCCUCGAUGACCUCGGGACGAAGUUCAAGACCCUGGCUGAAGUGUGCGGAGGCAAGAAGAUCCCAAAUGAAGUGUUCACUCCUCGGCCCAGUGCCUCCAUCAACACUCAGACCUCAUUGUCAAGUUUGAUGACUGCCCAACAGCUGCCCCCUCUACCCAAGCCGACCCCCCCUCAGACUGUGGUCAAGGAGGUAUCGGAGGUGGUGAAGGAAAGCACGGCCACAGUGAGGAAAGAGAUGCCCUCAGUGAGUACAGGGAUGACCAUAGUGAAGGAAGGGAUGCCCUCAGUGAGUACAGGGAUGACCAUAGUGAAGGAAGGGAUGGCAAAUCAAGGCCAAAUGCUCCUGCUACAGCCGCAGCAGCAACAGCAGCCUGUCUACUACACCACCGCCCCUGUGAUGCAGCCCAUGCACUACGUAGUCCAGCCACAGGUUCAAAACACUGUGCUGCUGGCUGAGGCACCAGCUACCAACCUGCAGGGCAUGGUACUGGUUAACGGCAUCCAGACUGGACCUGCCCAAGGCAUGGUUGUACAAGGGCAGACAAUGAUGUCCAGCGGACAAGCCCAGGGCCCGCACAUGAUGCUGGUGGAGAGGAGCGGAAUCCAGGGCGGCGGUGCCAAUCUGGUCCACACUGGCAACCUCUCUGGCUCCCAGACCAUGAUGGUGGUGGAGGGCAGGGUCCCAGCAGGGUCAAUGAAAGGGCUGAAUGGAAGCCAGAUUGGUGUCGUGCAGGGGGGCACUCUGCAGUCAGGAGGGCUUUCAGGAUCUCAGAGCGUCCUGGUGGUCGGAGGGCCAACAAGCAGUGGAGGGCAGCUGGUCCAGGAGGCAGGAGGUCCGUCCCAGAAGAUUGGGUCUCUCUCUGGGUCUCAAAGAGUUCUCUACAGCAAGGGCAGCUCAUCCAUGGGUCCCCAGAGCGGCACGCUGGGUUCCUCUACCACCACAGUGAGUUCUAUCCCCACCUACAGCAAGGUGGUGGUGCAGGAGACGAGAGAAAUUCGCUGAAUGAGAGAUUGUCAGGACAAGAGAGGACCUUUCCAGUGAUGCCAAUCAGACUGUUACUCUGGCCUGGUCGAGGGGUGGUGAUGGGAUGCUUGUGGGACUCAACUAAUGCAAGACUGCUAAUGGAGAGAGGGAAGGAUCCCCAUAAUCCCUCUUUUAAAUUUGACAGUACAGUUUUCAACAAAGUUAACAAUAUAUAUCACCAGUCAUUGCUCCACUUGUUACAGUACUAUCUUUAACUCUGUUCAAUUUUGAAAACACACUCUCUCUCUCUGUCUCUCUCUCUCUCUGGUACCUGAUUGUUGUACACUGGCAAUAUUUGUUUAUAUUAUGUUUAUUUCUUGUUUAUAUCUUAUAUUGUAUUGGUAUUCUUACUUUAUUCUGACAUUUUGAACUAUUCUAUUGUUAUUUUUGCUGCCUAUUUGCACCAACAAAGCAAAGCAAAUUCCUAGUGUAUACCUGAUACACCUGGAAUAGACAAGAUUCUGAUUCUGAUUCUGAUUCUUUAACUAGACAUCACCAAUCAUUGCUCCACCUGUUAGAGUACCAUCUUUAACGAGAUAUAACCAGCCAUUGCUCCACCUGUUACAGUACCAUCUUUAACUCUGUUCAAUUUUGAAUACACAAACAUACGUAAAAUGCUAAAUGAUAAAAAAAAUAUCAGCCACCCACCCAGUACCACCCACCACCCUCCCAGUACUACAUCACCACCCUCCCAGUACCAUAAUUAACCAGUAAUCAUAAAUACUUCUUCUUCACCGUCUGUGAUAACUGAGCUCAACUGAAGGCCAUGAGAUGUGGCUGACAGGUCUGGAAGAAAUCUAGGAAGUGGACCUUGAGUUAUUAAGCUCAAAAUGUGGCAUAUCUAACCAGUUGAAACUGUUUAAACAGUUGAUCAAUCUAAAACCAACUGUAAGGAUGUAACCGAGUGUAAUCACAUCAUUAAAUAGGAUUAAAGCUACAGUAUGUUGUGUUAACAGAAGUUAUAAUUGUUGACAAAUAUUUCAGUGAAUAAAUGCGCUUAUAUCUG